AUGGGCUCUGUGGUGUAUAUCACAGUGGAGCUGGCAAUUGCUGUGCUGGCCAUCCUGGGCAAUGUGCUAGUGUGCUGGGCUGUGUGGCUCAACAGCAACCUGCAGAAUGUCACCAAUUACUUUGUGGUGUCACUGGCGGCGGCCGACAUCGCGGUGGGAGUGCUUGCCAUCCCCUUCGCCAUCACCAUCAGCAUCGGGUUCUGCGCUGCCUGCCACAGCUGCCUCUUCUUCGCCUGCUUCCUCCUGGUCCUCACACAGAGCUCCAUCUUCAGCCUCCUGGCCAUUGCCAUUGACCGCUACAUCGCCAUCCGCAUCCCACUCCGGUACAAUGGCUUGGUGACCAGCAUGAGGGCCAAGGGCAUCAUUGCCAUCUGCUGGGUGCUGUCAUUUGCUAUUGGCCUGACUCCUAUGCUGGGCUGGAACAACUGUAGUCAGCAGGAGGGCAAAAACCACUCGCGAGGCUGUGGGGAGGGCCAGGUGGCCUGCCUCUUUGAGGACGUGGUCCCUAUGAACUACAUGGUGUACUACAACUUCUUUGCUUGUGUGCUGGUGCCCCUGCUGCUCAUGCUGGGCGUCUACUUGCGGAUCUUCUUGGCAGCCCGGCGACAGCUAAAGCGGAUGGAGAGCCAGCCUCUGCCGGGGGAGCGGGCUCAGUCCACACUGCAGAAAGAGGUCCACGCUGCCAAGUCACUGGCCAUCAUCGUGGGGCUCUUUGCCCUCUGCUGGCUGCCCCUGCACAUCAUCAACUGCUUCACCUUCUUCUGCCCCCAGUGUGGCCACGCCCCUCCCUGGCUCAUGUACCUGGCCAUUGUCCUCUCUCAUGGCAAUUCAGUUGUGAAUCCCUUUAUCUAUGCCUACCGUAUCCGCGAGUUCCGCCAGACCUUCCGCAAGAUCAUUCGCAGCCAUGUCCUAAGGCAGCGAGAACCCUUCAAGGCAGCGGGCACCAGUGCCCGGGCUUUGGCAGCUCAUGGCAGCAAUGGGGAGCAGGUCAGCCUCCGCCUCAAUGGCCACCCCCCAGGGUUGUGGACCAAUGGUGGUGCUCCCCAUCCUGAGCGAAGGCCCAAUGGCUAUGCCCUGGGGCUGGUGAGUGGAGGGGGUGCCCAAGAGUCCCACAGGGACACAGGCCUCCCAGAUGUGGAGCUCCUUAGCCACAAGCUCCAAGGAGCGAGCCCAGAGUUCCCUGGACCAGAGGGUUCCCUCACCCAGGAUGGAGCAGGAGUGUCCUGA